AUGCAAUCAGAAACAAAUGAUUUAAUUCAAUUAAUUAAUACUCAAGUAACGUAUCCAUCUUCAUCAAUAACUUCACCGUUAUGUGGAGUUACAAAUGAUUGUACUAUUUUUUAUACAUAUGAAAAUAAUGAAUUAAUAGCAUAUAAUAUUUGUCCUAAUACUAAUCAUAAUAUGUGGAAGAAAAGAAGAUUUCAUUUAAGUCAAGUUCUACAAAUUGUUCCAUGUGGUUCUUUUAUAUUUUCUAUACAAUCUAAAAAUCCUUCAACGUGUUGUGGUACUGAAUUAUGUGGAUUUAAUUUAGAAUUAGACAUAACAUAUAGUUAUGCUAUUAGAAUUCAACCAGAAGUUAUGUCAAAUGCUUUUAUGGAUGAAGGUGGUUUUAUUAAAUUUAUUAUUGCAGACUAUCCUUGUUGUCUUCGCCUUAUAAAAAUUGAUGUGAGUGAUAGUAGAAAAUUACCAAAAAUUACUACUAUCAAAUGUAAAGAUUUUUGUUCAGCUGAAGAUCAAUACGGAUUUUGUGAAUAUUAUUUUAAAGCCAAAUACUCGGACAGUUGUUUUCCUCCUUUUGAUAAAGAAUUAAAUAUUAAAGCUGGUCAUAUUAAAUCAAUUCAUUUUGAAGCAAACAACUUUAUUACUGUUGCAUUUGAUAAUGGUUUUGUUACUAGACUAUUCCUUGAUAAAGAAAAAAAUGAAUGUGAAAUAUUGAUGAGUGGAUUUUUAUCCAAAGAUUAUAUCUGUUCCCAAAUUGUAGAAUCAUUGAAUGGUUUUAUGUUGGUGUUUCAAGACCAUUCUAAUCAGUCUAUUAUCUAUUUCUUCAAAUCUAAUAAAACAAAAGAAUGUUCGUUAAUUAAAACAAUAAAGAUGAAUCAAAAAACUGUAAAUGCUUUAGUACUUCGUUCUAUUUAUGAUGUUGAUAAAUUGUAUGCUGUUCAAUUUAUUCAAAGUACGAUGGCACAACCAAAUAAAAAAGAAGAAGUUUUAAUGGAACAUUUAAUUACUACUAUUAUUUAUGAUCUUAAUGGAGAGUUGAUUAAAAAAAUAGCCCCAGUUUAUUAUUCUCAUUCCGGAGAACAUAUCUCAUUUCAAACAAAUUUUAUUUGGUAUCCAGAACAAUUUAGUUCAUAUAGAUUAUUUCCUAAUACUGAAAAUUUAAUACCUUCAUAUUCAGUAUGUACUUUAGUACAUGAUUUUAAUAAUGUUACUACUUCAAUUAAUGAAAUUUGUAUAACAUCAGAAAGAUUUGAAAUUUGUAGAAGAGAAAUACAAAUGUUACCAAAAUUAAUAAUUAGAAAAGAACAAUUUUUAAAACCAGAAGAUAUAUCGUAUCAUAAUAUUUAUUGUUCUCAAUUUAAUUUAAAAAAAUUUAGUUUAUUAAGAACACAAGAAGGAGUUGAACAAGUAAUGAAUAUAAUUUAUAAAUUCGAUUUUUUCGAUUUUAUAUUAACUGAACUAAGAAAUUCAUUUAAUAAUAAAGCUGUUGAUGAGUCUUGUAUUAAAUAUUUAACUCAAAGUGUUAUUAAUGCAUAUCUUUCAAGUUCAAGAACAAUUAUAAAUCUUUUAUCAGAAUUAGUAAAACAAGGCAAAUCAGUAUUAUUAGCGGGAAUGGAAAAAAUUCAUAGAACAUAUUCACAAAUAGUGACAUAUCUUGAGAUUGUUCAUAGUGAAGAAUAUUUAAAAGAUAUUAAAAUAAAACUUAGAAGUAUUGAUAUAUUUAAACCAUUUAUUGCUCAAAAUAAUAUUCAAUUUGAAGAACCAUUAAAUUUUAUGCCAACAAUAGUUAAUACUAUUAACAGAAAAGUAUUUAAUGGAAUAAAAUUUAAAAAUGAUUUAUUUUCUGCAUUUAUAUAUUCAUUUGAACAUGACAUUACUAUUGGAAUAUUAUUUUAUCUUUAUACUAUUUGUUGUGGUGAAUCAAAUUAUAUAAUUAUUCCAGAAAUUAAAAGAGCAUUUAGUUUAUCAUUGUGUGAUGGUGAUAGAAUUUUUUAUGAUGAUAGAAGGUAUUCUGAUAAUGAAUUAACUAUGAUGUUAUUUAAAGGAAGUAAUCGUUUUGAUAAUUUAAAAUUUAUUUUUGAUAAAUUUUAUGCAAUUGAUUCAUCUCCCAGUACUAUUCUUACUACUUCAAUACCUAUAAUGAAUAAUUUAUUAUCAAGACAAUGUAUAGAAGAUGUGGCUGAAGGGUUUGCUGAAUAUUGUCAUAAUCAAUUAAUAGAACCCACAAUCAUUAGUGAAAAAAAUGGAUUUUCAAGAAGUGUAUUACGAAAUAGACCAAGUGAAUAUAUUCAACAAGAGAAAGGUGAUGAUGAUACAAUUGACAGAAUGAAAAAUUUUUUUGGUAUUGGAAUGCACCAACUUAUUAAUACCGAAAAUGGCAUUAAAGCAAUAAUUACUUGUGGAAUUUAUCUUAAAAAAUUUAAAGACACUUUUUCUGUUGUUAGAGAAUACUUAGAUAAAACAAGAUAUACUCAAGACGAUAUUAAUAAAUUGGACUAUAUUAUUCCUGAAGAUAUGAGAUCAUAUAUUCAAUUAGAUAAUGCUCCAACUGAUAAAAUAAUAUUAUCAAAUGAAUUGAUUAAUUAUAUAUUUGAAGAGUCAUAUCAUUUACAACGCAUUAUUGAAUGUUAUGAUGCUAUUAAGAAUACUCUUUGGAAAGAAUGUUUAAUUUAUCAAACUAUGUUAUCAAGAAAUCAUCAACAUGUAUUGACAUUAUUUUCUAUUCUUAUUCAUGACAAAAAUGAAAAUGAUAUUAAGAAUCUUGUAUUAUUGUAUUUGUAUUGUUCUAUUGAUCUCUUUAAAGAUGAAGAAAAAUCUUUUGUCAUUAUACAAAAUGAAUUUAAGAAAUAUGGACGUCUCUUUAAUAAAGAAAUAACUCUUCUUUUGAAAACUCAACAAGACACUUUUAAUUCUCUUAAAACAGAGUAUCAAUAUUUAUGGAAUCAAAAGAUUAAUCAUUUCAUUGGAAAAUAA